UUUUCAUGAGGACAAAAAAAUAUGUGAAGCGAGCCAAAAUUCGGUAAUUAUUGCUACAAUUAAGCCUAAGGGUAAUGCUAGGCUUACUUUUAACGCUAUUGUCUUUUCCCAUCAUGUUAUUUAUUUAUUGUUUCUUCAGCCUUUCACUUUCUAUUCCCACUUGAGUUUGAGGAAUACUUUUGCAGACUUAUAAGAGUUUGGUUGUUGUCACAAAUUUGAAAUUACAUUGCAAUAAUUUCAAUCCAUCCAUCAUCACAUUGAUUGAAAUUAGUAUGAAUGAGAUCAUGAGGAGCGGAGGAGAGCUCCCAUUUCAUCCCAUUUCGGCGGAGGUGGUGUCCUUGCUGAGGCUGAGGCUGAGACAGUGCACCAACCUCAAACACAUAGAGCAAGCUCAUGGAUUUAUGGUAGCCGGAGGCCUUCAUCAGGACAACCGAACCCUUCCCCGAUUCAUCCAGGCCUGCUCUUCUCUUGGCUUCUCAGAUUACGCCUAUUCCGUCUUCACCCGCACCCAAGGCCAGCCAAGCAUUUAUCUCUAUAACACCAUCAUCAAGGCCAAGGCUCUCUCUCCCUCUCCCUCCCACGCCAUCUCUCUUUACAACAGAAUCCAACUCGCCGCCUUGCGCCCUGACACCUACUCCUUCCCUUUUGUGCUCAAGGCCGUCGUUCGCUUGGCGCCACCUCAAGUUCAACGAUUGGUGGGCGCACAGAUUCACUGUCAUGUCAUAGGAAUUGGCUUUGACAUGGAUGCAAGCGUCCUCACUGCCCUCAUUCAUAUGUAUUCCUCUUGUGGAUGUGUUUCCGACGCCCGCACACUGUUUGACGGAGCUGCUGCGUUUGCCUUUGCCUUUUGGGAUGUCGCCCUCUGGAACGCAAUGAUUGCAGGAUAUGCCAAGUCAGGUGAUGUCGACAAUGCCCGCCAUUUGUUCGAACUUAUGCCCCCUAGGAUUAGGAAUGUCAUUUCUUGGACUGCCCUGAUUGCCGGAUAUGCUAAGGUGAACCGCCCCCACGAGGCCAUCACAAUCUUCCGCAGAAUGCAGCUUGAGAAUGUUCAGCCUGAUGAGAUAUCCAUGUUAGCCGCACUCUCUGCUUGUGCCCAUUUAGGGGCUCUCCACUUGGGCGAGUGGAUCCAUAACUAUAUUGAGAAACAUGAAUUUCGUAAGCUGGUUUCUCUCAACAACGCACUUAUCGACAUGUAUGCCAAGUCAGGCAACAUAACAAAAGCCCUUCAAGUUUUUGAAAAUACUAAAUGUAAAACUGUCGUAACUUGGACGACCAUGAUUGCAGGACUGGCUUUGCAUGGUCUCGGAAGAGAAGCCGUUGAAAUGUUUGCUCAAAUGGAAAGGGCUAAAAUCAAGCCUAACGAUAUCACUUUCAUUGCCAUCCUUUCUGCUUGUAGCCAUGGUCGAUUGGUUGAAAUAGGCCAUUGGUAUUUUAGCAUCAUGGUUUCCAAGUAUAGGAUUAAACCCAAAAUUGUGCACUAUGGCUGCAUGAUAGAUCUUCUUGCGCGUGCUGGUUAUCUUCAAGAGGCACACGAAUUGGUUAGACAGAUGCCAUUUGAAGCAAACGCAGCUAUAUGGGGUUCUCUUCUUGCCGCUUCUAAUAUUCAUGGGGAUGCGGAGCUUGGACAACAUGCUUUGCAACAUCUAAUAAUGCUAGAGCCCCAUAAUAGUGGAAAUUAUGCACUUUUGUCUAAUGUAUAUGGUUCUCUGGGUAGGUGGAAUGAAUCGGGAAUGCUAAGGAAAGUUAUGAGGGACACGGGUGUGAAGAAGACUCCAGGAAGGAGUUCCAUAGAAGUGAAUAACAGAGUUCAUGAAUUCAUUGCAGGAGACAAAUCCCACUUUGAAUGCACUAGGAUAUAUGAAGUCCUGUAUAAGAUUUUCAGGCAGUUGAAGCUGGCUGGACAUCUGCAACAAGAUUUUGGGGAGCUGCUUGAAUUUGCUGAAUAGCCAUUAGCCAGGAUUUGAUACUCCAAUUCUUCCAACGUCCAGUUUAACCAGAUCUGAAAUCUCCUUGGCAUCACCGUAUCUCUACCAGGGUUUCAUCAACAAGCAGGCCAUGUCUUAUUCCUUCUGCAGAGCUCUGAAAUAACGUGUCCAGAUCUUCCUUUUCACAUUCUUCCCCACGUAUUGUGGGAAUCUCACUUUCUCUUCAAAAGUUAGGUGUUCGGGUCCAGAUUUUCUUCUACUGCAAAUAGUAGGUCUCAUAAACCUUGGUACCUGCGAAGAGGGAGCUGCUGCAAUAUUUCUAGUCUUGCUCCUAUUUAUUUCAAGAUUAGCUUGGGGCAAGUCGUUAAAUAAAUUGUCAGCAUCCAGUUUCUCACUGGAAGAUUGGAUUGAUCAUUGCAACUUCCUUCUGCCUUUCUUCCUGAUUUCAAUUUCUUCCAGUCAUUAUUAAGGCACCAGAGUUCACAAUUUAUAAUAGAAACAAAAUCAGCUUUUUGCAUAAGCUGAGGUUCCUAUAAGGCACUUGGAUUCAUGCAGCAAGCUAACCAGGCUUGCAGAGGUAGAUAAAUGCAGAUAGAGAGAAGUGUAUAGGUGCAGCCCAAUCAUGUACCUUGCAAAUCAGCGGAGAAGUGGGGGAAUGGAGAUUGGAGGUUUCGAACUCAAGGCCUCCUACAACCAGAGCUAUGAUUUCUAUUAGACAACCACUGGUGGAAAGAAAGCCAAGGUUUUCUGGGAUGCAGUGUGUUAACCCUCUCUGUGCUAUUGGGUUACAUAGAAUAACUUUGAAGGUUUGAGUGGACAAAACGGCGGAGGAGCCUGGGAAAAAGAUCAGAUUCUGGUCAUCUUAUGGACUUCUGUUUCUACGUAAUCUAAACAGACUCAUCUAUCUGCUAUUCUUAUGGAUUGAAAGGCUGCAGGCCAUUAUAGCUAGGAGUGUAGGGGGUCCUGGGAUCCAAAUUGUUAUAUUUUUGGUUUGAUAGUCCUAUCUAUUCUCAUUUUCGUUUCGUGUACAUUUAAGUGGACUCCUUUUUGUUAGUAUUAAUAGAAUUUUGUAUUUUCUCAACAAAA